GAUUGGUGUGUAAUGAGAGGCGCGGCAGUGGGCUGGUCUACAGAGGGUCUACAGAGGGUCUACAGAGAGAUGAUCUGUCUCUCCUCAAUGACCAAAACGUUUAGUCGUGAACCUUUAGCAGGAAGAACCUCGGUUCUCAUCGAAAGGAGAAGAGGAACGAGGGAUAAGCUUCAUCUUCCUGUGCUGUGUGUUGUGUAGUUGUGAUCUCGGCUGCAGGUGUGGCAGGAACACACACACACACACACACACACACAAAGGCCGCGCCGGAGAGGAUGCUGUAAGCUGUGUGCUCCAGCCCUGCUCUGCAUCCCUCCAUCUCUCUUCUUCUCUCUACCUCUCCAUCUCUCUCUCUUUCUCUUUCUCUCUUUCUUUGUGUCUGUGUGUGAAAGAAGAUGAGCACGUCUCCGACUCCUAAAGGGACGCCGGUGCAGCACAGUCCGGUGGACGGCGAGUGUGUGGUGAUGGACGCGAUUCAGUCGCCGCCACAGCAAGUCACUCCGACCAGUGGAUCCAAGAACCGCAUCUCCAGCCUUCUGCAGAGCCCUUCAUUCCGUGAAGAGUUGGACAUGCUGAUUCAGGAGCAGAUGAAUAAAGGCGGGAGCUCGUCAAGUCUGUGGGCUCUCAGGCAGAUCGCUGAUUUUAUGGCCUCUCAUGGCUCUCCUGCUGCACUGCCCUUCUCUAUGACCAUGGUGACCCCCAUUAAUGAUUUGCAUGGGUGGGAUACAGUUGCCAUGGUGAAGGGGGAGCGGCUGAUGCGCUGUAAGUUGGCGAGUGUUUACCGCCUGUUUGAUCUGUAUGGCUGGACUCAACUCACAACGGCCCGACUCACGAUGCGUAUCAGUAAAGAGCAGGAGCACUUCCUGGUUCUACCUGAAGGCCUGACCUAUGGUGAGGUCACUGCCUCGAACCUGGUAAAGGUGAAUAUUCUGGGCGAUGUGAUCGAGCAGGGCAGCACUACACUGGGUGUGGAUGUUUCCGCCUUCAGCUUGCACUCGGCCAUUUACUCCGCCCGACCCGACGUCCGCUGCCUUCUACACCUCCACACCCCCGCUACAGCUGCUGUAUCAGCCAUGAAGUGCGGCCUCCUUCCGCUGUCCCAUGAUGCUUUGCUGGUGGGCGAGGUGGCAUAUUAUGACUAUAAUGGCGUGAUGGAGGAGGAAGAAGACAGAGUGGACCUGCAGAAGAGUCUCGGGCCCACAUGCAGGGUUCUUGUGCUGAGGAACCACGGGUUUGUGGCUCUGGCAGAAUCGGUGGAGGAGGCCUUCUACACCAUCUACCACAUCCAGACAGCUUGUCAGAUACAGGUUUCAGCCUUGUGCUGUGCUGGAGGAGACGAGAACCUCAUCAUGCUGGACCGAAAUGCGCACAGACCGAACACAACCGGCACCGUGGGCUGGGCCGGGUCCACAUUCGGACCCAUGCACAAGAACCGUGUUGGAGAGCAUGAGUUUGAGGCGCUCAUGAGGACCCUUGAUAACCUGGGUUAUCGUACCGGAUACGCCUACCGCUUCCCCAUACUCCUGGAGCGCUCCAGGACACGCAGAGAGGUGGAAGUCCCCGCCACCGUCACCUCCUUUAGCUUCGACGAGGAGGGAAAGCGAAUGCCGACUCGCCUUCAACCUCACUCCCAUAAACAGCAGCUGGAAAAAACAAGAUGGCUGAACACACCAAACACUUACCAGAAGGUCAACCAGGACCAGGCGAGCCCUGGCCAUCGCACCACGUGGCAGAGGACAGAUGAAGUAACCCUAAGCGGAGGCACGGCCAUCAAGAUUGAAAACCCCAACCAGUUUGUUCCUCUGUUCACCAACCCACAGGAGGUUUUGGAGACCAGAAAUAAGAUCCGUGAGCAGAACCGUCAGGACAUGAAGACAGCAGGACCGCAGUCUCAGUUAUUAGCCGGCGUGAUCACGGAGAACAGUCCACCGUCACCAGAGAAGGUGGAGCCCCCAAAGACCCCCGAGCCGGAACCACCGAACCCGUUCAACGAGCUGACGGAUCAGGCGCUGGAGGAAUACCGCAAAGAAGUCCAGCUCAAGCAGCUGGCCGGAGAUGGUGAGGAGGAGGUGAUGAAUGAUACGGGGACUCCUCCUGCUUCCUCUCCCACAAAAGUCCCCUCCCCCACCAAACCACCUGCUUCAGAGAUGGAUGGGAAAACCAUGGACACGGUCCCGAAUGGGAAGGAGGUGGACGAGAAGCAGCAGGAAGAAUUGGAGAAAGGAUUAAAGGCCCUUUCCACCAGUGACACGUCAGAAAGCGCAGUGAUCCCACCCACUGUCCCGCCCACCAAGCCUGCGGGCACCACCCCCGAGGGCUCGCCCUCCAAGUCCCCGUUCAAGAAGAAGAAAAAGUUUAAAGCGCCGUCAUUCCUGAAGAAGAGCAAGAAGCAGAAGGAGAAGGCCGAGACUUGAGCUCACCACAUGCGCACACACACACACACACACACACACACACACACACACACACACACCACACACUCAUUUCAGUAUCACAAGCACUUGAUUAACACUCAGUAUGUACCAAUCUGUUUGUCCAUAAAUCAUUUAUUUGAUAACGAGCUAAUUUUCAUCACAAUCUGACUAACCCCUCCCCCAGACUAAACCCCGCCCCCAAGCACUCCUUGCCCUUUCCCAGGUAAAUGAAGUUCCAGAAAUGAGCUCUUUACACGCUUUUUAAACCCAUAUUACACUCUAUUACACCCGGCACGAGCAUAUUAGAAGAGAACGUGGCAUGUUGGCACUUUGUUCGAAUUUCAGUCAUAUUGCACAUAUUAUAUAAUUCUAUAACUCCGACCUUUAUGUGGUUAUGAAUAAAAUAUAAAAUAAUGAAUAAAAGAAAGAAAAUGAUAAAAACAACAAAUGAACAUGACUUGUAUACGCAAUGAAAAAAAAAGCUUCCAACUUUAAAAACAGCACUCAGACAUUCCACUUUCUCACUUAUAUAUAUAAAUGAUGAUUUUGUUUUGCGGUUUUCAUUAUUUAUACGAACUCUUAUUCACUUAUUUAAUUGCUUUUGUGUGUACAUGUGCUGGUUUUAAUCCAUGUCAUGUUAGAAUGUAAAGCCUAAAUGCCAGGUUGUACUUCUCAUUAAACAUAAUAGGAAAGA